CUUGCGGCUGGUCGGCGUGAAUGGAUCCGUGAUUGGACAGUUAAUGAGUUUGUUUAUGGUCUUGAUCAUAACUUCCAUGGUUAUUUUUUUGGUAAAUCAAGAUGGUGAGCACUGGCGAGUUUUACGCGGGGUUUCAACUGUUUUAUCCUCUCGUUAACUUGACGGGAUUGCCGAUCGACCAGAUCAACUUUCUGCUGUGUCAGCUGAUCGGACUUGGGUUGGCUAUCCCCUUCAGGAAAGUGUAUGGCCCUAAGACGACCAGUGCGACUAUCCGGCAUACCAUAGAGAUUGUUGUAGGAUUUGCUCUCACAUUCUUCUGCUUUGGAUAUCAAAUAUGGCAUCUGUUCUUCUUGUCACUGGUGUGCUACCUCAUCAUGCUGAUGGGCAGUCAGGAAUGGAUGCAGAAGGCAGUGUUUGGAUUUGCCAUGCUCUACCUCUCAGUCACACACAUCUUCCGGCAGAUCUACGACUACGGAGGAUAUACACUCGACAUCACAGGGCCAAUGAUGAUCAUGGUGCAGAAGUUGACAAGCCUGGCGUUUUCCAUCCAUGAUGGCACAGUGAAGUCCGAGGAGGAGCUGUCUGCAGACCAGAAGAGUCAGGCAGUCAGGAGCAUGCCAAACCUGGUGUCCUUCUACAGCUACCUCUUCUCCUUCCACGGCAUCAUGUGCGGCCCCAUGGCCUUCUACUCCGACUACAUCGCCUUCAUUGAAGGACGGAACUUUAGUGAGCCCACAAAGCCAUCCUCUGUCAAUGGAAAGUCGGACAAACUACCAGGCGAAACAGAGGAUAUAUUCCAGACAGAUAAAGUUGUGCUGGAGAAGUUCUGUAUAACAGCUUUUAUUGGGUUUCUUAUGGUGUUCGUCACACCACAUCUCUACCAUCUAAAUGGCCUCACAAGCACUGCAUUUUAUGAGAUGUCUUUCCUGGGCAGACACAUAUUCUUGUUAGUGUCGAUGACAUUUGCCAGGUGUAAAUAUUACUUUGCCUGGAAACUAGGAGAGACUGUAAAUAAUGCAGCAGGGUUGGGCUUCACUGGCUUCGAUGAGAAAGGCCAGCCCAACUGGGACCUUGUUAAUAACUGUGAUAUAUACAAGUUAGAAACAUGUAAUAGUUUAAAGCUGAACAUGGACAGCUGGAAUAAGACAACGAUGACCUGGUUGAGACGGGUGGUGUACGAUAGGAUGCCCAAGUUCAACACUCUAGCCGUCUUCUCCGUCAGUGCUUUCUGGCAUGGAUUCUAUCCAGGCUACUACGUGUGUUUUGCUACAGGAGCCCUCCUCACAGUUGCAGCAAGAUAUGUAAGAAGAAAUAUUAGGCCAAUGUUCCUGAAAUCCGAUAGCCUGAAAGCCUUUUAUGAUGCAGUUACAUUUUUGUUCACUCGCAUGGCGAAUGUCUACAUGUGUGUGCCAUUUGCCAUCCUAGAGUUUGUGCCUGGUCUAAAGUUAUACACAUCGUUUUACUGGUGGAUGCAUAUACUAUCCAUUGCUGUUAUAGUGUAUUAUACCUUCAUUGCACCGCCGAAACGACGAAGUCAAGACAAGAAACAGCAGUGAUGUGGACACAUUUUAGGUUGAACCUUAGUUGAUCUCCCAUACCAGGAAAAGCUUUACCUCAUCCCGAGGCCAGUAGGACAAGGCGAGCUGGUGGAUGUACUAUGGCGGGGAGGAGGAUUGGCUGCACGACUGGGGUCACUGGAAGCAUGUGUGUGUGUGUGUGUGUGUCUACUGUGUGAGUGUGUGAGUGUGUGAGUGACAAGAGUUUUCAAAGAUACCUGAUCAGGAGAUUACAACAUGGGGGCAUAUGAUAGUAUCAUUGCACAGCUUGAUACAGUGCUGUGUGAAAGAGAACCUUAUCAACUGGAUUGGUUUUCUAAUAAUUCUGAACAUAUCUUGAAAUUUAAUGCUGGUGAUGUUUUUGAUUUUUGUGUGUCUCACUACCCAGAAGUUUACUAGUUAUACAGUGAACCCUCGAUAUACUGUUGUCACGGUCGAAGAUCCCGACCCGCGUUCCACUAAUACCAACCUAACAUGAAUUUGUAUUUUAAGAAAAAAGACGGCUACCCUCAGCAGUGUUAAAGUUACUUUGUCUGUGUAAUAGACAUGUAGAAGACGUUUUUUACUUUGUUUUAUCCAAUUGGGCUUUUAAAUCUUGAGGGUUUUGUGAAACACAAAAAUAAAAAACUGUUGCCUUACCGUUUUAUCUUAGGACUAAAUACUGAGGAAUGGCAAGAGCGUAAUAUAUUAUUCUAACUUGUUCAUCAGUUAAUGAGUUGCCAUCUUCAGUCCCUAUACAUCCACUGUUAUUAGAAACUUUACAAAUGUCCCUGCUUAUUGGUAUUUGGAACUAAAGCACAGCUCACUGGAACAAACUUUUAACUCACGUUUACCAUUUCCUGACCUUAUCCACUUUUUUAUGGGGAUGGUCCUUCGAAUUGUACUUACAGUUUCGGUAAGAUGGUCACACAUGUUAUAUAUACUGGUGGAAAAAGGUUCCUGUGCAUCACUGACUAUAAUGGGAAAUAGUUAAUAACAGAAUAAUUUUGCAAUAGAACAAGAUAUUGAUGUCUCUGAAACAUGACUUGUCAACAUAUAUCCUCUGUAAACGUCAUCUCAGGCUGAAAGUGGCAUAGGGUUAGUUGACAUUUCACGAGUCGGUAUCGGAUAUGUCCACCAACACAAGCUUGACAUCAGCUUGACAACAGCAUCCAAUUGAUGACACAAAUGGUCGAGGAAGGCUGGUUGGAUGCCAGUUCAGAUCAGGACCAACGUCAUCAGUUGGUUUGGAAGUCAGUGUAAACGAUGUUUCAUUUCAUCCCCACAUGUUCAUUGGGCUCCUGAUCCGGCACACAUACAACGUUUGGGCCUACGUUGUCAUGCUGUAAAGUGAUGAGUUAUCCAUGGGUCUGAAGGAAGGGGAGGAUGGAUGACUUUGUCACAGUAUUCCGUACACCUGUCAAAUUGCCAUGGAUGACCACUAGAGGGGUCCUGUGAUAUGCAGUGAUGCCUCCCCAAACCAUUACACUCACGCCAGCAAAUGCAGAAUGUUGAACAACGUGUGUGUCAGUGUAACGUUCUAUUCGACGUAUGAAGAUGAAACCUGGACUUAUCUGUGAAAAGGACUAAUCCUCAGUCGAGUAACCUGAACCUCAGAUGUUGUCUUUGCCAUGCUGGAAUGGUAGGGUAGCCUAGUGGUUAAAGCGUUCGCUCGUCGCUCCGAAGACCCGGGUUCGAUCCCCCACAUGGGUACAAUGUGUGCAGCCCAUUUUCUGGUGUCCCCAGCCGUGAUAUUGCUGGAAUAUUGCUAAAAGCGAUGUAAAACCAUACUCACUCACUCUUGGCUGUGCCAGCUGCUGUUUGAUAACAUGGCAGCAAAAUUGGAUGUACAGCUGGACAUCGUCGUCAGAUUUUAUGC